CCCAGAUUGAAAGCUCCCGCUCAGGAUAGACAGAGAUAUUCUGCGCAUUCUUUUGGAAGCAAGGUUUUUCCAGAAGUCACAAACUUUUACAAAACCGGCAAAAUGGCAAGUUACUCUCAGUCAUCUGACUAUGAUGAGGCUCCAUGGCAAUCAGAUAGUUUCAAGGGAAGAAAAAGCCCUCUCACUAGCACCCCUACGUCAAGAUGUUACACUAAAGAAGAAGUUAGUUAUACAAAUGGCUCCUACUCUGAAAUCUUAGAAGAGACCUUUACAUCAAAAGUAAAGAUUACAACGGAGAGUUCAUCAGCACUACAGUUGGAAGACGCAGAGAACAAACUGAGUAACACACUCUCUUCCUAUGUUGAUAAGAUUAGAUAUUUGGAGAAACAGCGAGAAAUUUUAGAUGAACGCUGGACCAUGCUGCAGGAUGUAAAGGACUCCCAAAUUGAUCUGGAACCUAUUUACUUAUCAUACAUCAGCCGCCUUCUAGGGCAGGUGAAUCGUGUGGCACAGAAGAACCACCAAACACAGACCAACUUGCUGGACAUGAUGGAUUCCAUAAGUGACGUCAAGGAUAGAUAUGAAGAUGAGGUAUGCCUCCGUACAGACGUGGAAUAUUCCUUUGUGGAUCUAAAAAAAGAUGUGGAUACCUGCAGUUUGGAUCGUACAAGGCUGGAAUACAAACUAAAGGAGAUGAAAGGGAUGAUAGAACUGAUGAGAAACGUAUAUGAACAGGAACUCAAAUCAGUGAUGGAAGAGACUGGGGACUUAUCAGUGGUAUUGAACAUGGACAGUCGUUGUUACUUGAACCUGGAGGACAUUGUGAAAGAGGUGAAAGAACGAUAUGAAAACAUUGCAGCCCGCAGUCGAGAAGAGGCUCAAGCAUUGUCUAAGAGGAAGUUGGAACAUAAUUCUCUGAGAGCUGGACGUUGUGAGGCAGAACUGGAGAGCAGUCGCAGCCACAUUACUCAGCUUAACGGCAAGAUUCAGCGAAUAAGAUCAGAGAUUCUCACCACUCAGACUCAGUGUGUACAUCUGGAGCGAGAAGUGUCAGACAGUAAGGCCAAGAGUGAAAUUACCCUCAAAGAUGCCAAAAUGAAACUGGAAGAGAUAACAGAUGCUCUACAGAAGGCCAAGCAGGACAUGACUCGCCAACUGCGAGAAUACCAGGAGCUGAUGAAUGUGAAACUGGCUCUGGAUAUUGAGAUCGCCACGUACAGUAAACUGCUUGAAGGGGAGGAGAGCAGGCUGCAAGGUCCACCUCCAGUUGUAAAUGUCCAACUUGAGAAAGGCUUCCAGAAGUCCAAUUACCAAACACCUUCAGGACGUUACAGAUUUCGCAAAAGUAGAAACUCCAAGAAACUUUAAAGAAUCAUUCCAUCAUGAAACGGUCUCCUUAAGACCUCUCAACCCACCUGCGUACACAUAAGAAAUGGAAGUCUUAUCUUCAAGAAGUUUCAAUUACUGACUCAAUCAUAAAAUAAGCUUGCUAUCGUUAAGAUGUUUUUUAUAAACACAAUUGCUCCUCUGCUUAGAAUUCAACAAGCGGAUUUCUAUCUCUUUUUUUUUUUAUUUUUUAUAUUUGAAUAUUUUUUUAUUAAUGAAGAAUGCAGAGGAGGAGAUUAAAUCCAAGCCAUUUUAAAUCCUUAGUAUUGUCCUAGAUCUUUGUAUGAAUCACUGU